AUGGCACUAAAGAUGCUAAGAGGAGUCACUUCCUCCUUGAAGGCAAUUUUACAAAGCACAAUUUUUUACCAUUCUUGGGAAAUAUUACUUGGCCCUCAGAUUCCCUUGAGGAGCUUGUGUUUGUAUCACAUAGUUUCUCCAUCAGCGGUGUACGGUGGACGACACAGGGUGACCAUGAUUCCGGGAGAUGGCAUUGGACCUGAACUUAUGAUGCAUGUCAAAUCUGUGUUUAAUCAUGCCAGUGUGCCUGUGGACUUUGAAGAAGUGGUGGUGGACUCCAUGUCUGAUGAAGAAGAAGUUCACAAUGCCAUCAUGGCUGUCCGUCGAAACCGCGUGGCUUUGAAGGGCAUCAUAGAAACAGAUCACACCCUGCCACCUUCUUACAAAUCCCUCAACAAUAUGUUUCGCACAACCCUAGAUCUCUAUGCCAAUGUCACCCAUUUCAAGAGUCUGCCAAGUGUACAGACCCGGCACAAGGACAUAGAUAUCAUAGUUGUUCGGGAAAACACAGAGGGUGAGUACAGCAACCUGGAGCAUGAGAGUGUGAAAGGAGUGAUAGAGAGUUUGAAGAUCAUUACCAAGGCCAAGUCUUUGCGCAUUGCUGAAUAUGCCUUCCAGCUGGCCCAGAAGAUGGGGCGCAAAAAAGUGACAGCUGUGCACAAGGCCAACAUCAUGAAACUGGGAGAUGGACUCUUCCUCCAGUGCUGUAGGGAGGUGGCAUCCCACUAUCCUCAGCUCACCUUAGAAGGAAUGAUUGUGGACAAUGCUACGAUGCAGCUGGUAUCCCGACCCCAACAGUUUGAUGUCAUGGUGAUGCCCAAUCUUUAUGGCAACAUUGUUAAAAAUAUUUGCACAGGAUUGGUUGGAGGGCCUGGCCUUGUACCUGGAGCCAACUAUGGCCAUUUAUAUGCAAUAUUUGAGACAGCUUCAAGGCAAACAGACAGGAAUUUGGCUCAUAAGAAUUUGGUCAAUCCUACGGCCAUGCUGCUGGCAAGUUGCAUCAUGCUGGAUUACCUCAAACUCCACUCCUAUGCCACCCGCAUCCGUGUUGCAGUCUUGGACUCCAUAGGAAAUAAAAAUAUCCAGACCCCAGACAUUGGAGGCCAGGGUACCACAUUGGACAUCAUUCACAACAUCAAGGAGAACCUCCAAAGUGUCAAUUAG